CUAUCCCGCCCUGGGCAGACGCGCGCAGAGGCUCCAGGUAGGGGCAGGAGAGAGAGUGUUCUCUCUCGGAUCGGCGAGUGGGGCUCCGAGAUUCGAACCAGUGGCAGUGAAUUUCCUGUGCGGCGGGCGUCGGGGCUACACCGAGGAUGCGAGGCGCGAGCGCAGCAUGGCUGCUGGGGGGAGCCAUUGUGUUGGCGGCCGCUGCCUCCUGCGUUUGUACCACUCAAGGAGUCAAUAGAACCUCUAAAGGAAGAAGUCUUAUUGGUACAAAUAAUGGCCCAUCUCAAAACACUGGAAAAGGAGUUACAGUGGAAACAGGCUUUUCUGUGGAUAACUUUUCUGCUUCUGUCCUCACUGGAAAACUGACUACUGUCUUCCUGCCAGUUGUCUACACAUUUGUGUUUGUGGUUGGUUUGCCGAGUAAUGGCAUGGCCCUGUGGGUCUUUCUUUUCCGAACACAGAAGAAGCACCCCGCUGUGAUUUACAUGGCCAACCUGGCCUUGGCAGACCUCCUCUCUGUGAUCUGGUUCCCCUUGAAGAUUGCCUAUCACAUCCAUGGCAACAACUGGACUUAUGGGGAAGCUCUUUGUAAGGUGCUGAUUGGCUUUUUCUAUGGCAACAUGUACUGUUCCAUCCUCUUCAUGACCUGUCUCAGCGUGCAGCGUUACUGGGUCAUCGUGAACCCCAUGAUGCACCCCAUGAAGAAGGCCAAUAUUGCCAUAGGUGUCUCCCUGGGCAUAUGGCUGCUGAUUCUGCUGGUGACCAUCCCCUUGUAUGUCGUGAAGCAGACCACCUACAUUCCAGCCCUUAACAUCACCACCUGCCAUGAUGUUUUGCCAGAGGAGGUGUUGGUAGGGGACAUGUUCAAUUAUUUCCUCUCUCUAGCCAUUGGAAUCUUUCUGUUCCCGGCUCUCCUCACAGCGUCUGCCUACGUGCUGAUGAUCAGAACACUCCGAUCUUCUGCCAUGGAUGAAACCUCAGGAAAGAAAAGGCAGAGAGCCAUCAAGCUCAUUGUCACCGUCCUGGCCAUGUACCUGAUCUGCUUCACUCCUAGCAAUCUUCUACUCGUGGUGCAUUAUUUCCUGAUUAAAAGUCAGAACCAGAGCCAUGUCUAUGCCCUGUACAUUAUAGCCCUCUGCCUCUCCACUCUCAACAGCUGCAUUGACCCCUUUGUCUAUUACUUUGUUUCACAAGAUUUCAGAGAUCACGCAAAGAAUGCGCUCCUUUGUCGAAGCGUCCGCACUGUUAAGCGAAUGCAAAUAUCCCUCACCUCAAAGAAAUCCCCUGGGAAAUCCAGCUCUUACUCUUCAAGUUCAACCAGUGUUAAAACCUUCUAUUGAAUUUUCUAGCUCCCCAGAUGGAAGUUUUACGGUAGGAUUUGGAGCCUGCGUGAGAUUCUAGGGGAUAUUCCUGUUAUUUCCUACCUGAGUAGGUCUCACCACAUACCAUGUGUGUGCAGCAACCCUCUCAGGAUUGCCGGAAGCUUCCCUGUUUGCAUGUUUACAUGAAUCAAGGUUGGCAGUUUCAGGACUCCUUUACUCAGCUACUCUCAGAAACUGGCCUGAUGGAAGCAGCAUUUCAGAAGGUAUCAAAAUUAUUCCUGGCACGAAGAUUAGUUUCUUAGCUGAAACUGUAUUUAUUUUCAUCUGGAGUCAGUCAUAGCCUUAUUAGGCUAUAAGGGCCUUGGAGAUUAUCAGUUCAACUGAGCAAUUUUACAGAUGAGGAUACUAAAGAGGUGAGCUGCCUGGAGUCAUGUUUCCAACCAAAAGCAAUGAGUCAGGGUUAGAUGGCAGAAAUCAAGUGUUCACUGUGGUUCAUGUAACACAAUGCAUCAAAAAAUCACUGUGUAUCUUGUUAUAAAAAUGAAGGUUCCUUAGACUCAGUAAUGGGACUCUUCUCGGAGCAGGAUCCAGGAAUCUGCAUUUUAACAGGCUUCUGUGUGAUAUUAUGUGCUCCAGUGUUUAAGAACCAAUGAACUGAUUCUUCUACUUGGCAAGGAGCUUUAAUAGUUUUGUUUUGUUUUGUUUUGUUUUUGAUAAGCCAUUUUUAACAAAGAUUCAAUGAAAAAACUUUCUCACAUGAAAAUUAAGAAUAGUAUACUUUUCCUUCCAGAGUAGGAAACUGGAGUCUCUGAUAUCUGUAUUUUAUACUUCCAGAAUUCUGUUCUUUCCUACUUGCAGUUAAUGAUGUAUAUUAAAUGACAGUGCCAAGAACAUUUGACAAAGCCUUAAUAGUUUUUGAAAAAAGAGAGAGGCAAAAAGAAGGUUUUGUGCCUCUUCUUUGAUGAUCAGCAUUGAGUGAAAUCUGUUUGUUGAAUUAUGGGACUUUGAAUUAUUUCUUUAUUAAUCCUUGGAGCUUUUGUAUGUAUCAUUUUUAUUUCAAGAAAAUGAUGAGAUAUUAAAGCUGUAAAUACAAAUUUUGUGUAACAUUUUACUGACUGAAAUAUUCAGGUAGUCUGAGUAAUAGACUGUUUUGCAACUAAGAAUAUCAUUUACCACUUUGUAUUUUUGAAAAUUAUUGUUGGAAUAUUGACAGUUUGGUUCAUAUAUUAUCAAAGAUGAUAUUAUAAAAGCCUUCACUAGAUUAGAAGCAUAUCUGUUUGGAAAGCCACAGCAUCACUUUUCCUUCUAAGAAGAAAAGCUGUGAUGCUCACACCAUAUGUACUUAUCUAAACAGCGCCAUUGUCAAUUGUUUUUCAUUUAACAAUAUGUUUUAGAAUUCUUUCCAUGUCUGCAUCUACAGGUUGACUUCCAUUUUUUAAAGGAUACAGACUUCUUAAUAUUUUGGAUAAUCAUGAUAUAUUUAGCUGUGCUUUUCCCAUUGGCUCCUUAAGUUAUCUCUCCUUCUAUUUAU